GAAGGUACACUCAAAGUCAAUGAUUCCAGAUAACAGCUCAUUUAAAACACUGUCCAGGGAGGGAACAGAUCAUGAUUGCUACAGCCCUGUUUUCAGCCUGUAUACUAGCCUGCUUUUGUGUUCAUGGCAACGAAAGGUGGCAGGAGUCCAACCAGCCUCAGAAUGAAGUGAAGGAGAAUCUAAAGGAGUUCCCUGCGACCACAAUACACCCUGUCUUUCACUGCCCAGACAUGAGCCCCUCCCCCAUGGUUCCCACCUCAGUGGAGUUGGUGAAAGCUGCAGAUAUCAAAGUCAUAGCAGCUCUGGGGGACUCUCUAACGACAGCUAUUGCUGCCAAUGGCUCCACCAUUCUGUCAGUCCCUGUUGAAUAUCGGCAUGUUUCAUGGAGUAUUGGAGGUUAUGGAACUUAUCAAGAUGUCAUCACACUUGCAAACAUUUUCAAGCUGUUUAACCCCGAGCUGCUGGGUCCGGCUCCACGGUGGACGCUCCAUGGCUUCCCUACUAGCAUCAAUGAGACAGGAUUCAACUUUGCUGUGACAGGACACAACUCUCUGAAUGUCUCUGACCAGACCAGACAUAUGAUCGACACGUUUAGGUCCUACCCAGGUCUGAACUACAAAGAAGAUUGGAAGCUGGUGACAGUCCUUAUUGGAAUGAAUGACAUCUGUGAUUAUUGUAAAAACAAAACUCUCUUCUCAGCGGACAACUUCAUCUACUACAUGACAGAGAUGCUUGACACAAUGAUGAAUGAGGUCCCUAGGAUGAUAGUGAACAUCGUUCAGAUCCUUCCCAUGGAGACUCUCAGAGAAGUUCAGAGGCCCUCCAUCGGCUGUGAGCUCCAAAAGAGGUUCUGCUCCUGCUUGGUGUUACCAGAGGAUAACUCUACUGACCUGAAGGAACUUAUAGAACUCAACUUUGAAUUUCAGUGGAGGCUGGAGAAGCUUCUGGAAAGCGACCGCUUCUUCAAAGAGGACUUUGCUGUGGUUCUGCAGCCCUAUCUUCAAAACGCCCAGCCACCAAGACUGCCUGAUGGAAAAAUAGAUCUCAGCUUUUUCACCGCAGACUGUUUCCACUUCAGAGUGAAGGGCCACGAGGAGCUGGCCAAGGGUUUAUGGAACAACAUGUUCCAACCGGAGGGACAAAAAGAGUUGGUGUACACAUUCUCAAACCCUGUCAAACUCAUCUGCCCAACCAAGGACCAUCCUUACAUCUACACAAGACCCAGAGCUGUGUCUGCAGGACCACCACUGACCCUCCACAUGCCCAUGGUCAUCUCCCUUCUACUCCUUACAAUGUCUGCAAUCUACUGAUCUACAUGACUUUUUCCAAUGGGCUGAUAAUCCACAUGACUGUUUCCAAUGGGAACAAAGUGAGACAGGGAACAAAGUGAGGAGCAGACAGAUAUAGAGGGGUAAUCGGGGGGUAAUCAGAGGGGUAAUCAACAAAGUAAUGGAGUCCAAUAUUGCGCAGCUGCGCAUAAUGAUGGUGACAGGUGUGUGUAAUGAAGGGCAGCCUGGCGCCCUUGAGCGCCAGAGAGGGGGAGCGGGAGCAAGCGUGACACAGAUCAGCUUUGCAAUAAAUAACUUCAGCCAGACCCCCUUUCACUCGCAGAGGGGAACUGGUGGGGGGUUGACAGCUCACACCCUGUUGUAAAUCAAAGACAAGAACAUUCAACUUGAACACGUUCUAAAGCGAAUACUGGAACAUUAUUUCUAACAGAGAACGUGGGGUCAGAGGUGAUCUAAAGAAUAAUAAUGUGAUUUGGUUGUUAUUUUGUGAUGUCAUUAAAAAUAUUAUAGAGGAAAUACUGUAAAUUGAAAAGUAUACACAGUA